CGCGGCGAGGCCGAGGCGCUCCGGGCCCUUUUCAAACCCAGCGGUAGCAGGGCUGCGGCCCGGCCACGAAAUGGCGGAGAACGACAAGCCGGAGGCUGCGGCCGCAGUGCCGCAGCGCGGAGCCGAGGAGGCCGCCGUCAGCCAGCCGCCGCAGCAGCAACAGCCGCCGCAGCAGCAACAGCCGCCGCCGACACAACAGCCACCGCAGCAGCAGCCGCCGCAGGUUGAGGAGACGACGGCAGCGGCAGCAACCCAGAGCGGCGGGGGAAGCGCUAAUGGCGUAAAAAUGGAUAAUGAUGAGACAGCAAAAGAAGAAAAAGCGCCUGGGAAAGAGAAGUACGUUGCAAAACCGAAGGCAAUCCCUUCUCUUGGAAACAAGAAUAGAUUCCACCCCUAUUCAAAGGACAAGAAUGCAGGCACUGGAGAGAAGAAGACUAUUAAUCGUAACCGAGUUUUUAUCAGCAACAUCCCAUACGACAUGAAAUGGCAAGCUAUUAAAGAUCUUAUGAGAGAGAAAGUUGGUGAGGUUACAUACGUGGAGCUGUUUAAGGAUGCUGAAGGAAAAUCAAGGGGUUGUGGUGUGGUUGAAUUCAAAGAUGAAGAAUUUGUUAAGAAAGCAUUAGAAACUAUGAACAAAUAUGACCUAAGUGGAAGACCCCUGAAUAUUAAAGAGGAUCCUGAAGGUGAACAUGCUCGUAGGGCAUUACAGCGUGUAGGAGGACAGUUUUCAGGAGGACAUGGACCUGACGUGGCACCUGGAAUAAUGAAUUUACCACCUUCUAUUGUCAAUAAUCCAAACAUUCCUCCUGAGGUUAUCAGUAACUUGCAAGCAGGGAGGCUUGGGUCCACUAUUUUUGUUGCUAAUCUCGACUUCAAAGUUGGCUGGAAGAAACUGAAGGAGGUAUUUAGCAUUGCUGGUACUGUAAAGCGUGCAGACAUCAAAGAAGAUAAGGAUGGAAAGAGUCGAGGAAUGGGAACAGUAACCUUUGAACAAGCAAUUGAAGCUGUUCAAGCAAUAUCUAUGUUCAAUGGACAAUUCCUGUUUGAUAGACCGAUGCAUGUAAAAAUGGAUGACAAAUCAGUUCCUCAUGAAGAUUUCCGUGGUGCAGACAGCAAAACCUCACAAUUACCUCGUGGUCUUGGUGGCAUUGGUAUGGGUCUUGGACCAGGUGGACAGCCCAUCAGUGCAACACAGUUGAGCAUGGGUGGUGGAAUGGGGAAUGUGGGUCCAGGAGGUAUGGGAAUAGACGGUCCAGGAUUCGGUGGAAUGAACAGAAUGGGAGGCGGACUUGCUGGAUUUCGUGGAAUGGAAGGAAUGCCUAAUAUGGGAGGAUUUGGAGUCAACCGAAUGGGAGAAAUGUUCCGUGGUGGAAUGGGAGGAAACAUGGACAGAGAUUUUGUUCGCAGUGACAUGGCAUUGAACCGUGGUUUUGGAGAUUCUUUUGGAAGGAUGGGUGGUGCAAUGAUUGGUGUUUUUGCAGGAGGAAUGGGAGCCCCGAGCAUGGGCCCAGUAAGAUCUGGAAUGAGUGGUGGAAUGGGUGGUAUGAACAGUAUGGCUGGAGGACUGGGAAUGGGAAUGGAUCGGAUGAGUUCUGGCUUUGAUCGAAUGGGACCAGCUAUGGGUGGAGGCCUGGACAGGAACAUGGAUAUCGAUCGAGGCUUUGUGCCUGGCCCAAUGGGAAGUGGCAUGAGAGAGAGAUUAGGCUCUAAAGGCAACCAGAUAUUUGUGAGAAAUCUUCCUUUUGACUUGACCUGGCAGAAGCUAAAGGAGAAAUUCAGUCAAUGCGGUCAUGUAAUGUUUGCAGAAAUAAAAAUGGAGAAUGGAAAAUCAAAAGGCUGUGGAACAGUCAGAUUUGACUCACCAGAAUCUGCUGAAAAAGCCUGUAGGAUAAUGAACGGCAUAAAAAUCAGUGGCAGAGAAAUUGAUGUACGCUUGGAUCGCAAUGCAUAAUUUAAAACUGUGUGUUCAGGAACAUUCCUAUGUCUGUUUAGCUUCUUUAUCCCAGUAAGUCAUUUUUAGUAACAUUGUAUGCUUACAAAAGCUGUAAAAAGGAACUUUUAAAUCCCACCAGCCUUUAACAGUAUAGUGUUUAAUAUACUGUGAUACUUGUUAACUGAAUCUUACUAUGUUUGGUUUUUAAAGACAAUUUGCCUGAUUUUUGUUGUUUUUUUUAGAGGCACUGAGCACCUGCAGGUCCCUCUAGGCCGUGGAAGCUUUGGAUGCUCAGCGCCUUUGGAAAAUUAGGCCAAGUGUCUCUAGUCAUUCAGUUUAAAUGAAUGGUUAUACUGUUUUUAAUAAAAUAAGCCAUUUUCUCUGUUAAUCUCAAGAUUGGAUAGUGGGAUUUGUUUAGUGUUUCCUGAUUAUUUUCCCCUUCAGUGUGUAUCAACAUUGUAAUGUAAAAAAUAGAUGUCUCUUUUUUUUUUUUCCCCCAGAAUUUUGGUUUUAUAUGUGCAUUUUAGUCCUACUGUAAUUCUUGACUCUAAAAGAAAGGGCUCCAAUUAGGCUGUGAUGUUUUUGUUCUACUUAAUAUUACUUUGAUGACAUGGUUUAGUUCUGUAAAUAAGAUUUAGAGCCCAGUGGAAGUUUUGAAUUUUUUUUAUUUUCACUAAAUGAAGAAACUGAUCUUUCUCUCCUGCUUUUAUUUUUUUUAUCAAUAUAAUCACCAAUUAAAACUAGUUACCACAGACCCUUGUGGGAUUGUUCCCUAUGAUGCCAAGUUCAUAUAAAAUUGACAAUACAGUAAAGACUAAGUACAGUACAAGACAAAUUGCUCCCAAUUUUUUAUCUAUUUUCCAGCCAUUCAGGUGAACUGCCAGAAAAAUAAAACCAACAGAACAGAUAAGAGAAAUGGCUGUGUAUGUCAAACCAUUGCUGUUCACUUCUAUGGGUCCUGAUGUAUUUAUGAAGGCAGUUUUUAUAAACCAGGGUAUUCCCAAACAGAGCAUAUCGAAUACGUUGGAUCCUACAAUGUUAGACAUGGCCAUAUCUCCAUUUCCUGUAAAAGAAGAAAUACAAAUAAGUCUGCUUAAUUGUACUGUCUGAAAUUACCAAACUGUUUUGGAGGAACGAAUUGUCAGCCCUCAGUUUCUCACAGAGCACCCUUUUCAGCCAUUGCAUUUGAAAGAGCUAUAGUUAUGAUGCUACAGAACAUAGUUUUGAGUACCACAAUCGUUUUAAAAAAAGUCUCCCUAUAUCACCAGCAUCUGCACAGUUGCACUUAAAAUAAGCUAGACAGGCUAUUAUAAAAUCAAGUCAUGUUUCAAAAACAAGAAUCUACAGUUGUGCUUUUCAGUAAAACAGGUAACACUCGAUCAACAACAAAUCAAAUCAAUCUAGAAUACUUCUCUGAGAUAUUCUGGGAGGUUUUUUUUUACAUGUCUGAGCCACAGGUAAGCUAUUAUUUAUUAGUUGUAAAUUUAAGCUCUAGAAUCUGGAACAAAAAUCUUGAAGUUACUCCCUGAAUUUCUGGAAAUGUUGACUAGAACUCUUUUUUUUUUUUUUAUAGUACUUUUUAAAUGCUUCCAUUGCAAUGAGCCUGGAUAUUAAAAUCUUUACCUUUUCGAGCCACCAGCACACUUGCAACUGUAUCUGGUACACUUGUUCCUGCUGCUAGUAGUGUGAGACCCAUUACUGACUCUGGAAUUCCCAGUGUUUCUCCUGUAGUUGGUAAAUAACAGUAGAAAAUGCAAAUAUGUUUUUAGUUUGUUGCAUCCAAAGAAUUUGCUUUGGACUUUGUUUGCUGGAGAAAGGAUUAGUAAUGAUACAGUAAUUUCAAAAGGAGUGUCUCUGCUAACUUGACUAAAUAUGAAGUGACUGAGGGAUGAAGUAGUUAAAAACAACAAAGAAAUAUCAUCCUGUCCUUGUUCUUCAAUCAGAUGAAAAAGUGAUUUUAUAGUAACCAUCUUUCUUCACAAGUGUCUCCAUGACCUGAGUGGAAGGUCUCCAGUGGUUGAAACAGUACUAAUUACAUUUUAUUCUAUUUUCUUUCAGAUACAGUAGAGAUUUAAACAUCUAACAAUUUACACUUUCCACCACCCCACCCCCCAACUUCUAGAAAAUGUAAUAGUCUUGUAUGCUUUUGAGUAUCUCGUCAUUAGUGCUCAAGAGUCUCACAAAGCAAUAACUCUUAUAAUCACCCUCUUUAAAGGGGGAGGUAAAAAAGCACAUGAAUUUUCUUGGGCAGGUUGGUCAUUAAGAUCAUUCCUACAAUACUCUCUCCAGUUACAUGGCUUUACCAUUUCACUCCAAAGUUCUUUGUCAGAUUUGUAAGAAUCAAAAUGCAGAAUUUCUAUAUGAUUUAUAAGUGCAAAUAAUCCUUUAGAAGUGGGAGUUUGUUUAGAUGAAUAUUGGUUUACAUUAAGAGAACUAUUAAAUUGUUACUAAAACAGCAGAUUAUUUUUCUUCAGUCUUUUUAGUCCCACGUGUCCUGUAAGCAUAUUAGUUUCUCAUUUAAAUCCAGGGAUUUGGAUCUUCAAAGCUGUUUUAGCAGCUGUACCAUUCAAAAGCAUCAAUAUGCUGAAAUAUCUGACACUUGUAUUCAAACUAUUGAAUAAUUACUGAACAAAAAAAGUAAGAAAAGCUAAAAACUCUUUAAUUUUUUGUUGUUGUUGAAAUGUGAAUUCUGAUUUGCAAUAUUUGAAUGCUCAUUAGAACAGUUUUAAGAGUAAGUAUUCUCUAAGCUAGGUCAGCGAGUCUUGCCUAGUACAUACCAGCCAGCUUAGUCUAGAUCAACCUAAUAAAUUUAUGUUUGAAACUUUGUUGGUUCAGAGAACUAAUAUGAUCCUGUUACAGAAUUUGUACUUGUAUUUAUUCUUCAUCACUCUCAAUGUAAGAGAUUUGUAGGAUGAGGGACCAAUAAGAUCUGUUUUUAUAAACAAUCCGGGCUGGAAAAAAAUGGUUCAUGCUGAGCAAACCAUGAAUGAAGCAGCCUUAUGUACCCAACAGGAAUUUGUAGCCCUCUGAAGGUUAUGAUAGAAUCUAAACUCAGGUGAAUAAUAUUUUUCUUUUUAUUAGAUAGAUUUAUCUUCUAUUUAAUGUGUGGGAUGUUCUUUUCUGGCAACUGACCAUAAAGAGAGAAUGGUAUUAUUUUUCUAGCCUUUAGUUCUUUUUGUGUAUCAGUAGCAAUAUCUUGCUAUAAGUAGUCAAACUUUCUUUGCUAGCAACCAAGUGUAAUAAGUUAAGAUCGUUCUUGACCAUCAAAAUAUAGUCCCCAGAUAUGAUACCUCUGUGACGUUCUGAUAGGCUGUUUAUGCAGCAAUAGAAUACUUGAGUCACCCUUUAUGGAAGAACCUGGACUUGAAUAUGAUGUAUGUGUAACUUUUAGCAUUUUGACAUGUAAAUAGAAUAUAUUUGACCUAGAAGUAGUGGGCCAAAGACCCCAGUACUGCUUGUGAUGGCUCUUCUAAGUGGACUAACACUAGCACUCUUUGAAUCUCCGGUGUACCUGUGUUCAUAUGAAUUAGUGCUUUGUUUAGUAGAACAGCAAUAACUUUAAUUUGAAUCCUAUUUCAAAGGUUUCUCACAUUCAGGCAGUAAACCCUUGCUCUGUAGAUACAAGUGGAAAAUUAUUUGACCAAGAUGGGGGGUGGGGGGUUAUAUCCAGCAAUCUACUAGUAAUUUCUCAAAGGUUUACCGAAUGUGUAGGUCUGUUUCUGCACUGAACAAGGAUUUAUUCAAUGAACUUCAGUUGAAAACAAGUUUACGAUGCUGAACUAGCAGAACACUAGAGUAGGAUUAGUGAGCUAUAAUGAGGAAAUGGCAAGCUUUGUGACAUUUCUUUCUCAUUUAGAGCUUUGUUUUCUACUUGUUCUUAAAACCUGGAUUUUUUUUUCAAGUUGACUGGAGAAAGUGAAAUGAGGAGACCUUUAAUACUUUAGUAUGUUUUUAAGAGAAUGUUUUCAGACACGAGUUCAUACCCCCAUCUCUCACUCAAAUGCAAUUCUUUUACUCUUUCAUUUUACGAUGCGGGUUUGUAAGAGAUAUACAUACACACACCCCCCAAGAUUGUUCAGUAAACACAUGAUGCUAUAGUUAAAACAAAACAGUACCAAAAUUUUGGAGGGUUUUUUGGCAGCUAAUUUAGUGCCAAAUCUCUUGGUAUUCAAGAAAAAUAAAGGUAUAAAAGUAAUGGAUCUUUUACAGAACCGUGAAUCUUUAAUUCCUGUCUCAGUGGACUCCCUGUUUGUCAGACCUCAGCUUGACAAGUUUAUUGCUGUGUGUCUAAUUGUUGCACUUAAUGAAGCAGUUUCAUGAAACUAUCUCUCUUUAAAUAUAGGCUGGUUUUUGUAGCUAUGUAAACAAAUUCUCAUUCAUGUGAUGGUAAGCAUUCGGAAGCAGCUAAACUCUAAAGUGGUUUUCAUUAGAUGAAAGAAGUUGGCAAACGAAGCAGUCAAGCAAAAGUGUUGGUUUUGUUUGUUGUUUUUUACAGGAAAGUAUUUGUGGCUAAGCUGGCUGUUAAUUGUGAAAGGGAAACUUUAUAGGGAGAAAACAGUUUUUUCAGUGAUUCUCAAUUGGUCUAGAGCAGCACUUUAGAUACCUACCUGCUAUCGUUACCAUCCAUACGAGGACAUAAGUUAUUACAGAAAUCCAUGCUGCUGAAAUUAAAAAUGUCACAAUGAACCAGUUCCUCCAAAACUGUCUUCUGCAAUCUGGUAUAGUCAAAUAGAGAAGUGUAAUAAUAGGAAGGGAUAACACCCACAAGAUUCUCUUCAUAUCUGCUUCAGGCAUGGUGAAGACACUUGGAUGAUCUGUUGACAAAAAGAACUAUUUUCAAUUGCAAAGUUAAGUUUGAAUCCAUAGCAUACAAUUGUAUAACUGGCCUCUGCUUGUGAGAACACUGAAAAAAAGUAAAAAUACUUGUAGCUGCAGUCUUAACCCAGUACCUACAUCACACCAGCCAAAACUCUGAAUUCAAAUAUUCUUUGUGACUGCGUCCCUAGGAGAGAACUAAGGUGGAUGAAAAAUACCAAGAGUAAGUACCAACUGCUGGUUUUUGCCCAAGUGAAGAGGAAACUGCUUAUCUGUGGCCAUAUCAUAGCUAUUCCUUUAUUUCUGAUGUCAUGUGUAUUUUGGGCUAUGAACCUGCCAUUGUCAUAAGGAACAGUACAUAUGGGGGUGGUACCGGUGUGUCUUCCAGCUGAUGGUACAUUUUAUGAGCAGUUUUGCUUGAAAGUUUCAAAUGUGCACAGCAAAGACUGAUGGAAGUCUCUUGUUUUAGUAUGACACACAUGACCAACUGUCCUAGCAUUCCUCUAGCAACUAACUAACUAAAACCCACCACUAACUAAAUAAAACCCACCCCUGUGAUUUUGCUUAAUGUUAUAUUCCAGGGAAGAGUAAUGGUUUACUUAAACGCUAUGUUGGAAUUCAUUUGUGAACAAAACCUUAAUAUCUCAGAAUCUACCCUUAAUUAGAAAGGAUGCACAUGAGCAUGUAGUAAUGCAUGCUAGUAGUAAAACAACUGUAGUAAUUCUUAUACCUUCAGAGAUUUCAUCAAGCCCAUGUAAGCUUGUUGAAAGUUGAGAGUAAUUCAGCUCCUCUUGAAAAAUUCCACUAUCUGUUCUUGACUGUUGACGUAUUAGAGGUCCACUCUCUUCCCUCCAUCCAACCAGCGGCUGCUGCUCUGCGUUCUCUUCUAUGGCUUUUGUAAAACAUGUACAGCAGGGACUGAACUUUUUCAUGAGGUAUUGGUUGAUUUUAAUAUCAAAACAUAGUACCAGAAUAUAACACCCAUAUAUCAAUAACAAGGAUGCACUUUCAUACCUAGAAUGAAAAACAGAUUUUUACCUCACAUGUAAUAUAAACCCCUCCAACUCUUUAACUCAUUAAAAUGGCUGGUGUAAGGAGAACUAGAGAGAGAGGGAAAACUUGCAUGAGUAGCAAAAGGGAAACACACAGAAGCAUCCAUUUGCAGUUGUAUGGCUGGUGUCAGGGAAGUUCGUGACUGUCCCCAUGUCUUUCAGCAAUUUAGUUUCUCUGCCCUGCAGAAUCUUUAUGUAUUGUGUAUAGCUGCAUGUUCUCCAGGGGAUCUUUCUGAUGUAUGCAAAAUUGAGCCUUCAUGGGAUGGUUGAAGAAGAGGGGUAGUAGGUGUAAUUUUGAGUUAGAAGCUUCAGUGACUUAGUGCUGGACCUGACUGUCUUGUUGAGGAAACAGGAGUUUCAGCAUUGACAGAAGAGAAUUAAAACAUCAGAUGCUCGUGACCUGCUUCUGGCAGAUAAGUGUUUCUCUUAAUAGUGAUGCUACCAGAGGAAAGGCUCAAAAGAAGUAAACUAUGAAGACGAAUUGCUAUGCCAAAAUGGUUAUGAUUAAAGUUUGAGGAAUCUGUACAGACAAGCCUAUGCAGAUCAAACUUUAUAAAUAUGCAGGGUUUGAAUGUUUAGGUCGUAAUCUUUACAAGCAUUGUGACUUUCUAAUUUUUUAAAGCCAACAGGAGUUUAUUUCUGUUGGAGAAUGGCAGUUCAGGCUACUUGAAGUUUGUGUUUGGGGGUAUUUCUUUCUCUUUUUCAAAACAUUGUCUCUCUAAUCUCCAGUCGACAUAAAUUCAACACUACUUGUGCUCUUACCAGUAAAUUCUGUUGUCGGAUAUCAUCGUGACGACCGCUGCUACACUAAUUGUAUAUGCCAGACAGUCUCUAAACAGCGGCCAACAGGAUAGCCUCGAAACCUGUAGAACACAGAUUCAUUUACUUUUCUUAAACUUGUCUGUAAUACUUUCACUAAGUGCUGUAAAUGCUGCAUCGAUAUGUUGUUUCUAUAUUAUGUAAAAAUGUAAGAUUCUUAGGAAUGACUUAA